AUGGACGGCAACAAUACUUCGGCUCCCCUUGCCGACUACUUCUGGAUUGCAGGCAUAGAAGACGUUAAAUACGACGAUGAACCAGCCUCCCAGUUGGACGUCGAGGACACCAUCGUCGAGGACGAGGAUGGAGAGGCGGAGACCGACCGGUCGGUAGCGACGCCGUCGCGCGCCACGGCUCGUCACUCGCGCCAGAACUCGGCUAACCGUUUGUCCGUCAUGUCUAAGCUCUCCCUAUCCGGUAGCGAAGAACCAUCUCAGGAUGACGUCGAGGAGAAGGACAUUACCAAAAGUAACCGUAGCAGCGCAACCAUCCGGCCGAACCCCCCGCCCAGCCUCAACACCGGCCUUGCCAAUGGGACCAACGGCACCAACGGCACUAACGGCUUUGAUCUGGGAAGCUUGGGCGGAGGACAAGGCAUUGGAUUCGAUGGAUUCCCCGCCGACUUUGACUUUGACAAGGCCCUCCUCAAGUUUGCCGCCGAACGCGAGAACUUCCUCGACGACCUGACCUUCAGCGCAGGCGCAAGGGUCCAGUCGAGACCGCCCAUGAUAAACCCCAGGACCGAGAGACUCAAGGCUGAGGACGCCGAGAGCGGGAGAAAGAGCCCUCUGAAGAGCAUCCGCGGCAGCAUUCGCCGCAAGAUGAGUUUUAGGGAUAUGAGCAGCGUGAGAAAGCAGCCAAUGACUCCUCGAGCGGGGUCUCUAGCCUCUAUCCGGACGGCGAAGCGCCUGAGCAACUACAACUCCGUCAUCCCACCCCCGGAACCGCUGAACCUCGAUCCAGACAUGCACCCGCUUAAGAGGCGGUUUGAGCCAGUUCUGCUUGAUCGAUACCCCCCGCGAGACGCCUCGGCCGACGACCUGGCCAGGAGAGGAAAGUUCCCCGACUACGUGCCCAUGUUUGCCUUUCCCAACGACAUCCAGAUUGUCUCCUCGGACGACCGGCCUCGCUCGACCUGGCACGGAUUCACCAUGACGUCGGAUGACAACUCCAAGAUUUACGGCAUUACCAUCAUUGUCUGGGUGGCACUGCACGCAGAGGUGGCGGACGAGGUCGAGAAGAGGUGCGAGCGGUGGCGACAAAGACACAUGAGCAACGAGGAAAGGGAGCUCGCUGCUAGUCUUGGCGGCCGUCUAGCCGCAGAGCGGGCCUAUCUGUCACAGCUGCUCGCGAAGCUGGGUACCGUCCCCUCGGGCUCGGCCGCCCGCGAGUCUCUGGACGAGCAGAUUAGCGCGGUGGAGGAAAAGAUCGCGCUCAUGACGGAGAUGCUGAGGCCGUUGAGGCAUGGCGCGGCGUCCAAGAUUGACGGUCUGACCGCCGGCGAGACGGGCCUCUGGGCUCCUAGGGCGUUUGGCAUUUUGGGUAGAGAUCCAGCCAAGAUGCAGUUUUGGAAAGAAUGGUUGCGAGCUGUCACGGUACCCAUGACAGACGGUGCCGUUCUCCGGAUCCCGCCGAGCUCGCCCAAGGUUGGACGCUGGCAGCCUUUGGAGCGCUAUGUCGUGAACCUCUGCACCGAAGCUUUUAGCCCCCUCAGUUCUCUGACCCAGGUGGAGUUGGGCGUGCGAGAGCUGCGGCUGUAUGCCCGCAAGGAGGCUGCCAAUGAGCUUCCUGGAUCGCGCAGCAUUGAUAUCUACGCCCUAUUCAGAUGCCUGUCUCUGGAAAACAUCGUCCUGCUCUUCGAGUAUGCCAUGUCGGAAGGACGCAUCAUCUUCCUCUCAUCACACACUGGCAUGCUGCACCUAGCCUGCCAUGCGCUGGCCAAUUUGCUGUACCCCUUGAAAUGGGCGAGCAUCUUUAUUCCGGUCUUGCCUGCCCGACUCAUCUCGGCCCUGGAAGCCCCUUGCCCCUAUAUUGUUGGUAUUGAGAGACGCUACGAGAAGAUUGAGCUUCCCGACGACGACUACGUCCUUGUGGACCUCGACAAAGACAGCAUCGACGCCACACACCAAGCGGCCAGCCUGCCACGGCAGCACCGACGAAAGCUUCUCUCGCUCCUUCAGAUCGCCGCUCCUCACAGACUGAGAUAUGGAGUCACACCGGGACCCCCCCCAUACGCAAUCGAGGCCUUCCCGUACGACGCAUACUCGGCAGAAAACGAGACGCUGUUCAACCCCCUCCCGAUGAAGAGCUCACUGGGCAAGUGGGUGUCGCAAAACUCAUCCACCUUUGCCGAGCCAGACCCGCCAGAGUGUAUCCGGACGCCGUUGUUCAACGCUUUUGCCCAGGCCAAGAUUGACCCUUCCAGGAUGGAGCGGCCGCCGACGUCCAAGUCCAGCAAGGGCAGCCCGCCGUCGUCUGUCUCGCCCGUGUCGAUGAACUUUCCCCCCAUGCCCAUCACUCCCAUCUCCAGGAGCGAUUCCGGGUUUGCGGCUACGCUGAGGGAGAAGCGCUCUGGGCAUUUUGACGAGAGGUCGAGGCGCAGCUCCUCGUUUGGGGUGGACAAGCAGCCUCCCCAUCCUUCCAUGGCCCACCGCCCGAGCCUGCCUUUUCUGAACGGCCACACGCAGAACAUGUCCAUCUCGGCCAUCUCGAUCGACUCGCAGUCUUCGUUUGGGGGUUAUGCGCCCUCGACGUAUGCGCAGUCGACGAUUGCUGCCUCGACCAUCAUGCCCAACAUGAUGGUGCAGCCGGUUAAAAAUACGGAGAAUACCGUCUGGGUGGAGGGGCACUGCUUCAACUGGGAGCCGACGGAGACGGGGUCUACGUGCACGGUGUGCGACGAGAGGUCGGAGGGGGAUGGGCUGUAUAAAUGCAACGGGUGUGACUGUUUGAGUCACAACAGGUGCUUGGGGUUUGUGAGCCUGGUGUGCCCGGAGGCGUUCCAUCCGGACAGGGUGAGGGCCGCGUUUGUGAGGUGUCUGGCUAGUUUGCUGUAUACGUACCGGAAGCAUUUGGGGAGGCCGACGAGGGAGCAGAAGGGGCACGGGCAGUUGUAUGCUUUUGAUAUGGAUGGGUUUGUUAGGAGUUUGCCGUAUGAUCAGCAGGAGUAUGCUACUAUGAUGAGGGACACGCAGGCAUUCAACGAAUUCAUCCACGAGCGCGAGAGACAACCGCAAUCGGACCCAGCGAUCCGCCUCUUUGACGAGGUCAUUCUGGCCAAGAAGGCGAGGGGGAAGCCGACGUUUUCUGCUGGCCUGUCCCGUCUGUCCACCUUGAGGGCAUCUCAUGGGUUAACGCCCUCUUACAUGGGCGGGGGACAUAACCGUCAGGGAGCGAAAGUGCCGAGUUAUUUGGGGGACAUGAGCGAUCAUAUCUGGAGGACGGCGUCGGUGCCCGUGCCGAGCGCGAAGUUUUCGGGGGAUUACAGGAGUGUGGUCACGAGGGUGCCGGUGAGGUUGGAUCCGGGCUUGAUGAAGGAGCCGAGGGCGAUUCAAGGGGUUCCGAGCGCCGGGGGGAUGGGGGGGAGGAAGAAGGUGCAGAGGAAGCAGGUUGCUAGUAUGCUGGGGGCGCCGGCGGAGUUUGUGGUGCCGAAGUAG